GGGGUAGACCACAUGGCUCAUUAACAUAUAUGUUAAAGACCCUCGGCAAACUAGAGAUUUACUUGAAAAUGAAAAUAUCACUUCGCCUGUCAUUCUGCUGCGUCACUGUUCUCGUGUCCUCCUACUCGCAUUAAUUUGUUAAAAUUAACUGUUAGCUUAAGCAUUGUUAUAUUGGAUUGAUAACUUCUAUAAUUAACUGAGGAUUUCUAAUGUCACUUCAUCGUUCUUCUAAUGGACCUCCACCAGCGAAACCACUUGUUGCAUUGCUUGAUGGUCGUGACUGCACUAUUGAAAUGCCCUUGUUAAAAGAUGUGGCCACAGUUGCUUUCUGCGAUGCUUCAUCCACCAGUGAAAUUCAUGGUAAAGUCCUUGAAGAAGCUGUUGGGGCUUUAAUGUGGCAUACCAUUUCUUUAACGCGCGAGGACCUUCAGAAAUUCAAAUCACUAAAGAUUAUCGUGAGGAUAGGCAGCGGUUAUGACAACAUUGACAUAAAAGCCGCUGGGGAACUUGGAAUUGCUGUUUGUAAUGUUCCUGGAUUUGGUGUUGAGGAGUCUGCAGAUACGACACUUUGCCACAUUCUGACCUUAUACCGACGUACUUAUUGGUUAGCAAACAGCCUGCAAAUGGGCAAACGGAUUAAUGGACCUGAGCAUUUAAAGGAAGUUGCAAACGGGUCUGCUCGAAUACGACGUGAUACUCUUGGGAUAGUUGGUUUAGGCCGAGUUGGAACAGCUGUUGCAUUACGAGCCCAAGCUUUUGGAUUUCAUGUAACAUUUUACGAUCCUUAUCUUCCAGAUGGGAUCGAACGAUCAUUGGGUAUCGAACGUGUUUACAGUCUUCAAGAUCUACUAUUUCAAAGUGAUUGUGUCACUUUGCAUUGCUCACUUAAUGAGCAAAAUCGCCAUAUGAUCAAUGAGCAUACAAUAAAGUUAAUGAGACCGGGUGCAUUUUUAAUCAAUACUGCUCGAGGUGGUUUAAUUGAUGAAGUAGCCCUUGCUGCUGCACUUAAGGAAGGUCGAAUACGUGCUGCAGCAUUGGAUGUAACAGAGACAGAACCAUUUGUUUGGAGUAAUAGUGCUUUAAAAGAUGCUCCAAAUCUUAUUGUAACACCUCAUAUGGCAUUUUACAGUGAAUCAAGUAUGCGUGAAAUGCGCGAGGCAGCUGCAAAUGAAAUCCGAAGAGCUAUUUUAAAUCGCAUACCAGACUGUCUUCGAAACUGCGUCAACAAAGAAUUUAUGCCCAAUGGUGGUUCGUCAUUAUUUUCUCACGGUUGUUCCAACAAUAGUCUAUCCAAUAAUAUCAAUAAUAAUCCCCUGGUUAAUAACAAUCAUCUGUCUCUUGGAGCAGGUAUACCUGGUGUUAAUGCCCUCAAUAGUAGUGUAGCUUCAGGAUUAGAAAACGCCGCACGUGGUUUGCAUCCAGCAGCUGCAGCUGCCGCGUUCGGUCUCUCAGCAGGUCUUUUCUCUUCUGCCGCGGGUGGAGGUUGUGGUCUUGGGGUAGGUGCUAACAGUCUCCCCUUCCCUGCUAACCUAAUUGGUGGAUCAGGGAUAGGUCUGUCAAAUGCCGGUGGUGGAGGUAUUCUCACCAACAGUGGUGGUCCAACAACAAUCCCAGCCCUCCCUCCCCCUCCUGCCGUUGCCGCGGCCGCCGCAGCCCAUCUAGCUGGCCUUCCUCCUGUCUCAGCGUACGCCAACUUCUUUCCUCCCGGAUUAGCCGCUGGUUUAGGCCUUCCUCUCCCUCCUCCGCACGCUGCAUCUUUGGCUGGCGUAACCGGAUCCUUAGGAGGUACAACGACUGGGUCUUCAACGAGUGCAACCUCAGGCAAUUGUACUAAUAAUUCUACUUCAGGCUCAGGAGGCCAGACAGUCAGUUCCCCCUCACCUGCAACCAGCGGUUGUAUCCCUGGUGUAUCCAGCAGUACUUUCGAUAGCGUACAUGCCAGGCUUGCUGCCGCCGCCAGUCUUGUUGCUUCGGGUCUAAAUCCGAGAUCUUCAUGAUACUACACUUUUCUUCUCAAAAUUAAUCAAAAGGUGUAAAGUGAACAAACUAUAUAAAUGUUUUGCUAACUUUGAACUAUAAGGGGAUUUGUUAAUCCUAUCUACCCACCAUGCGUAUGUGUAUCGCAUGUGUACUUCAUGCAUUAAUAAAAUGUUGUGUUAUGAUUUAUUUUUUUAAAUUAAAAAUUUAUACAUCUCAGUG